AUGUUACCGCAAAUGGGCUACUUUUCUGUCAUUCGGCAAUUGGAAUGUGUGGCCAAUUCGAGGUAUGUAACCGAAGUGGUUUGCAAUGCGGUGCCACCGCGUAAUAGAAGCAUCAAUGCAGCUCUAAGGCUUAUGCAGAGGAUCACGGGCCUUAUUGGCAAUCUGGAGGUAUCCAUACCGAUUCCAAGGAAAAAGAAACUUAAAAAAAUCUUUGACAUCACAUUUGAGCUGUGCAAAGUGUUGCGAGAGCGCAAAAGAAAGACACUAAUCGAAUUGCUCAGUACAAUGACAUGCUUGGGAAACAGAACCAUACAAUGUCCAAUUCAUGCGGGCUUUUAUCAUGCGGAGAACAUCACGGUCGUUGAGUCCUUGCCACCGGUUCUAACCGAAUCCGAUUUUCACAUUCGAUUUAAUUGGUUUUUACCGAAGGUUGCCUCGGUACUAAAUAUCACAGCCGUGGGACGUCUAUACGAAAUUGCCAAGGAACACGCUAAAAAGAGGAAAUAUUUAUAGAAAAUUAAUGCAAUCGAAGUAAAAAAUAAAUGUA